CUGUUGCUGAGGCCGCCGUUCCGGGACUCUGACUGGCCGGCGGCUGCGCAGCCGCCAUGUUCGGUUGCUAUGCUGCGGCCUAGGAGACGGGAGCCGCCUCCCUGGAGUCACCCGCCGCCUCACGCCGCGCGCUUUCCUGCUCCGCGGACGCGACAUUGUUCUUUAGGACUCCUGGGACCUGUCAGAGAUCGGGGCUCCGGGACUUGAAAGAGACGUGACUCCGGCCCGCGGGCCGCGUGUUGGGGGGGGGGAGGACCGCGGCACUUUCGGGGCGCGUGUGAAGGGAUUAGCUCAUCUCGCCGCGAGGUGCGAGCGCGCGCCUCCCCGCGCACGCCGGCCCCGCCGCAGCCCCGCAGGAUGACGGGGUGCUGCUGGCGGCCCGCGGCCGUGGCGCGGCCACUGUGGCGGCGGCUGUUCGCGGGGCGCUGAGGGGCGAGCACCCCGACGCGGACCACGCGCCUCGGGGCCCCCCCCCCCGCACCCCCCCCCUCUCCCGGCUGUGCGCCCGGGGCCUCCUGGCUUUUUGUAUUUGGAUUUUUUUUUCUCCAGCCGAGAGGACGCGGCUGUGAUAACGAAAGAUCUUGUGUGGACAGUAAUGACCGCACGUUUCCGAUUGCCUGCUGGCAGAACCUACAAUGUCCGAGCAUCGGAGUUGGCCCGAGACAGACAGCAUACAGAGGUGGUUUGCAACAUUCUUCUUCUGGAUAACACUGUACAGGCUUUCAGAGUUAAUAAACAUGAUCAGGGGCAAGUUCUGUUGGAUAUAGUCUUCAAGCAUCUUGAUUUGACUGAGAGAGACUAUUUUGGUUUACAGUUGGCUGACGAUUCCACAGAUAACCCAAGGUGGCUGGAUCCAAACAAACCAAUAAGGAAGCAGCUAAAGAAGCUGUUUUUGUUAAUUUUAGGAGGAUCUCCUUACAGUUUGAACUUUAGAGUCAAAUUCUUUGUAAGUGACCCUAACAAGUUACAAGAAGAGUAUACAAGGUAUCAGUAUUUUUUGCAAAUUAAGCAAGACAUUCUUACUGGAAGAUUGUCCUGUCCUUAUAAUACUGCUGCCCUUUUAGCUUCAUUUGCUGUUCAGUCUGAACUUGGAGACUACAAUCAGUCAGAAAAUUUGUCAGGCUACCUCUCAGAUUAUUCUUUCAUUCCUAAUCAACCUCAAGAUUUUGAAAAAGAAGUUGCAAAGUUACAUCAGCAGCACAUUGGAUUAUCUCCUGCAGAAGCAGAAUUUAAUUACCUAAACACAGCACGUACCUUAGAACUCUAUGGAGUUGAAUUCCACUAUGCAAGGGAUCAAAGUAACAAUGAAAUUAUGAUUGGAGUAAUGUCAGGAGGAAUUCUGAUUUACAAGAACAGGAUACGGAUGAAUACCUUUCCGUGGUUGAAGAUUGUAAAAAUUUCUUUUAAAUGCAAACAAUUUUUUAUUCAACUUAGAAAAGAAUUGCAUGAAUCUAGAGAAACCCUGCUGGGAUUUAAUAUGGUGAAUUACAGAGCAUGUAAAAAUUUGUGGAAAGCGUGUGUAGAACAUCACACAUUCUUCCGCCUGGAUAGACCACUUCCACCGCAGAAGAAUUUUUUUGCACAUUAUUUUACCCUGGGUUCCAAAUUCCGAUACUGUGGAAGAACUGAAGUCCAGUCAGUUCAAUAUGGCAAAGAAAAGGCAAAUAAAGACAGGGUAUUUGCAAGAUCUCCAAGUAAGCCUUUGGCACGGAAAUUAAUGGAUUGGGAAGUAGUUAGCAGAAAUUCAUUAUCUGAUGACAGGUUAGAAACACAAAGCCUCCCAUCCCGGUCUCCACCCGGAACUCCCAAUCAUCGGAGUUCUGCAUUCACACAAGAGGGGACCCGGGUCCGGCCGUCUUCAGUUGGUCAUUUGGUAGACCAUGUGGUUCACACAUCCCCCAGUGAUGGUUUUGUAAAUCAGAGAUCUCCAUCAUCAACACAAGCUAAUAGCAUAGUUCUGGAAUCAUCACCAUCACAAGAGACCCCUGAAGAUGGGCAGCCUCCAGCUUUACCACCCAAACAAUCUAAGAAAAACAGUUGGAACCAAAUUCAUUUUUCCCACUCUCAGCAAGAUCUAGUAAACCAUACUAAUGAAACCUUUGAUGUGCCCUCCUCCCCUGAAAAGUCCACUCCUAAUGGUGGCAUUCCACAUGAUAAUCUUGUUCUUAUCAAAAUGAAACCUGAUGAAAAUGGAAGGUUUGGGUUCAAUGUAAAGGGAGGAUAUGAUCAGAAGAUGCCUGUAAUUGUGUCCCGAGUAGCACCUGGAACACCUGCUGACCUCUGUGUCCCUCGAUUGAAUGAAGGAGACCAAGUGGUACUGAUCAAUGGUCGGGACAUUGCAGAACAUACCCAUGAUCAAGUAGUCUUGUUUAUUAAAGCUAGCUGUGAGAGACAUUCUGGGGAACUCGUGCUUUUAGUUCGACCUAAUGCUGUAUAUGAUGUAGUGGAAGAAAAAUUAGAAAGUGAGCCAGACUUCCAGUAUAUUCCCGAGAAAGCCCCAUUAGAUAGUGUCCAUCAAGAUGACCAUUCCCUGCGAGAGUCAAUGAUCCAGCUAGCUGAGGGCCUUAUCACUGGAACAGUACUGGCACAGUUUGAUCAACUGUAUCGGAAAAAACCUGGAAUGACAAUGUCUUGUGCCAAAUUACCUCAGAACAUUUCCAAAAAUAGAUACAGAGAUAUUUCGCCUUAUGAUGCUACACGGGUCCUCUUAAAAGGUAAUGAAGACUACAUCAAUGCAAACUAUAUAAAUAUGGAAAUUCCUUCUUCAAGUAUUAUAAACCAGUACAUUGCUUGUCAAGGGCCAUUACCGCACACUUGUAAAGAUUUUUGGCAAAUGACUUGGGAACAAGGCUCCUCCAUGGUUGUGAUGUUGACCACACAAGUUGAACGUGGCAGAGUUAAAUGUCACCAGUAUUGGCCAGAACCCACAGGAAGCUCAUCCUAUGGAUGCUAUCAAGUCACCUGCCACUCUGAGGAAGGAAAUCCUGCCUAUAUCUUCAGGAAGAUGACACUGUUUAACCAAGAGAAAAAUGAGAGUCGUCAACUCACUCAGAUCCAGUACACAGCCUGGCCUGACCACGGAGUACCUGAUGACUCCAGUGACUUUCUGGACUUCGUUUGUCAUGUGCGGAACAAGAGGGCUGGGAAGGAAGAGCCGGUUGUUGUUCAUUGCAGUGCUGGAAUUGGAAGGACUGGGGUUCUUAUUACUAUGGAAACUGCCAUGUGUCUCAUUGAAUGCAAUCAGCCAAUUUAUCCACUAGAUAUUGUAAGAACAAUGAGAGAUCAAAGAGCCAUGAUGAUCCAAACACCUAGUCAGUACAGAUUUGUCUGUGAAGCUAUUUUGAAAGUAUAUGAAGAAGGCUUUGUUAAACCCUUAACAACAUCAAAUAAAUAAGAAAACAAAACAGUUGGGAUAAGUAUUGGGAAACUGAUUUUUGUUACAUUCAUUGUGCCAUAAUACUGCUUGCAGGAAAUGGCAUCUCACACAAAAAAGUGAAGAACUCAAACAAACUUUGAAAACUUCAGCACUAUUGCACUUUAUGUUUUAAAAAGUCACUCAAAACCUAUAAUUCACUAUUUUGACUAUUUUGUGCUUUGCUCUGAACAAAUAGUGGAAACUGAAUAUGUUCAGGGUAACUUAUGGAAUUUCGAGGUGGUGCCAUGCGUCCCCUCUGGUAGAAUUGCCCCAGACAAGGCUCAGAAUUCUCAUCUCUGUUACACACCUGCACCUUGAAAGCAAAAAGGCAUAAACAUCAGGAAUCUGCUCUGGUCUUUCCAGUGGUUCAUGUACUUAUUCUUCUGAUUACCGGAUUUUAGUUUUCAACCGUUAGCAAUACCAUUCUCAACAUUAGCCAGUACACUGCCUGUGGAUGCAGCACACCUUCCUGACAUCCCAGUAGGGACCUGCUGUUGAGAAGAAAAGGGGAACUGGCUGUUCCCAGGAAAUGCUGCACAUGUCCAUUACCAGCAUCUUAGAAAAUAAUAUCUAUGAAUCUAUGGAUUUUCUUGGAUUUAAUAAUGUAACUUAUAUUUAUCAUAAGGUUGGCUUAUUCCAAAUCAUGUGAUUUCACAUUCUUGAUGUAAAGGAAUGCAUGUAUCGUGUCUUAACCCCUUAAGUGCCUUGAGAUUUCUUUGUCUAAUGAAAAGGCACUCAUUUGACCCCAUAGGAGGUAUGUAUACUGUACAUUCUCAUAGUUUGAUGAAUUUUUAAUAAGUUCACAGUGUUAAAAAACAGCUUCUUGCCGGGCGGUGGUGGCACACGCCUUUAAUCCCAGCACUCGGGAGGCAGAGCCAGGCGGAUCUCUGUGAGUUCGAGGCCAGCCUGGGCUACCAAGUGAGUUCCAGGAAAGGCGCAAAGCUACACAGAGAAACCCUGUCUCGAAAAACCAAAAAAAAAAAAAAAAAAAAAAAAAAAAAAAAAAAAAAAAAAACAGCUUCUUAUUUUGAGAGUUAUACAAAGAAGGGUAAGGAAAUUCUGUUCUUACUCAGUGCUUGCUUGUACUUUGCCACAAAAGCCAGGAUAUCUGUGUUCUGCUGAGAGUGCAUUCUGCUGCUAUGGAAUUGUUCACAACCUGUACAUUCCUUUACUGAGGAACAGGGGUUAAAGUUCAGCAGCCUACUGAAAAAGAAGGGUUAUUCUUCAAAUUGCAUAUUUACUUUAUUCCCUAACUUAAAAAGUGAUGUAACAUGUACAUUAGAGAUCAACAUAUUAAUACUCUAAGCUCCAGUUACAAAGUUCAGUGGUUGGGUUUCCUCCUGUCUGUAGCUGAAGUGUUGCCCUCCAGCACUCAUUCCCGUUCAUAUCAGGCUGCUCUUCACACUGCUCUUUCUUUUCAGUUUUGUUUUUUGUUGGUUUUCUGCUUUGGUUUAGUUUUUGUUUUUUGUUUUUUGGGUUUUUUUCAAGACAGGGUUUCUCUGUGUAGCCCUGGCUGUCCUAGAACUCACUCUGUAGACCAGGCUGGCCUUGAACUUACAGAGAUCUGCCUACCUCUGCCUACUGAGUGUUGGGAUUAAAGGUAUGUGCUGCCACCACCUAGCCACAAUGGUCUUUUCAUUGGAAUUCUUCAGACAAGGAAUUAAAUAGUAUUGACUUCUUCUAAAUGUGACCCCCAAAAUAGUAAAAUGCAGGUUUUCUUGUCAUUUUUGUAUACAGUUAUAUUAUCUAGUUCAUAUAUGCCUAGAAAAUUUUAAGCAUGUGUAGUGAGGCUUUUGAUUGUCCAUUUUGACUGAAGAUUCAACUCCCAUUACAGAUGUGUGUAUUUUCCUUGUUGGCUUCAUUCGUUUUUAAAUCUAUGGAGAUAGAGCUUCAAAAUUGCCCAAUUUUAUGUGAGAAUUUGCUCACCUACUCAAAUGUUGUUUUAUAUGGAUAUAGUUAAAAUAGGCACAUUUGCUAGUGGUUACAGAGUAUUUCUGUCGUCUUAAUAAAACAUAGGUUCCAAUGGUAAAUAGUUUGGACUGCUAUUUAGUUGGGGGAGGGGUGCCAUACAUUUAAAAAUGUUUAAUAAAUUCUAAAUUAUCCAUUCACAUAUUCAGAAUCCAUAAUAGUAAAAUUCAGAAGGUAAGUUCCUAAACAUUAAUAGCCAGGGUACCAAAUAAAUUGUCUUUUACAAAUAUUUUUUGUCUUAUUUUUUUAAAGAAAGACAUAAACAUAAUCUUUAUGUCAAAUGGAAGUUCUCCUAUUCUGGUUUCAUAUGCAAGACAAUAUGAACUAGUUCAUGAACGGUAGCUUCCCUCAAACAUUCCAUUGUCUACCAGAGGCAAAUGUAAUAGAGGCUAUCAUUACAAGUUUAAAAGGGAAAUGAAGUUGGAGAUCUGUAUAUUGUAGAGCUACUUUAUUUCAUGUACAGAUUUUAGUCUCAAUUUGAAGUGUCUGUCCUUGCCAUAUGGAUAGAAUGUGACAACCAGAGACAGGAAGAGAAAGGCUGUGUGGAGGCUAAAGGCAGUGUCAUGGUUCACUGGUUCUUUCAUCUGCAGCUUUGUUCACACCUCUGUCGUUAACACUGGUGUCAGCAGUGAGCAUUACUGCCUUUAAAUUAUUGACAAGUGGAGAAUUCCACUUCAACUUCUCCUCUGAGAACCGCCCCCUGUCAGCAUUUUAGUGUAAAAACAGCCCUUAGACCAUUUGUUAGGACCUUAAGCUACAAUUACCUUUAAAAAUUGUUAAUGUGGAUAUGCUAACUAAACUUUCCUAGUUUUCUAACAUAUAACACUGUCCUUUACACCUAAGCAUUUAAUCAGUUUCUUAAUAUAAAUAAAUUUCUAGAAAUAAUGGCAGUUUUCAUACCAAGUACUGCUAGACUUCAUACAUACUGAUUUAAUAUUGUGUUACAAAAAACAAAUUUCUUGAAUCAAACUACUUUUCCAUUUCACUAGCCACCCUGACAAACUCAAGAAAGAAUGCAUUUAUUCUGACAAGUGAAAAAUCAAUAUUGGUGAAUCAGGGGCUUUUGUACAUGCUAAAAAGUAAAUGUGAAAAUUUUCACUCUCUGAGUUCAGAUGAUUUUUCUGUGUUUCAAGUGUUUUAUUGAGCAUCUGGUUUUCAUCAACAUCGCCUAGAUACUCUAGUAUCUAGGAGUAUUUGGAGUAGACUUUCAUUCACAAAAGGAAUAGAUUGUGCUUGUAAUCCUCCAUCCAUUCAAAAGUCAGCCCAAGAAAAACUUUUGUGUUACCUACUGAGAUGAAUAACUGGGAAAGGACAAUGAUUGAUCAUUUUGACUGAAGAAUAAAAGUAACAUGUAUGAAAAUUGCACUCAGAGGCAGAGGCAGGUGGAUCUCUGUGAGUUCAAGGCCAGCCUGGUCUACAGCCAAGGCUCCAUUGAAAAACCCUGUCUCAAAAAACCAGAAAAAAAAAGGACUGUUAUUUGAAGGUUUUGGGUACUACUGUACAUGCCUUCACAGAAAAACGUCAGUACAUUGGUUUGCAUGUAUGCUUCAUAAAGACGUGUGCACAGACGGAAUGGACUUUUAACCAUGGGGUUGUUUAUAUCUCUUGGCAGGUCUGACCAAGUCUAAGCAAAAAAAUCUCUUGUCUCACUAGAAGUGAUACUACAACUUGAUAUCUAUAAGAAGGUGAAAGAUGUGUGUCCAAUCUCUAUUUCCUUACGAUAGGAAGGACCAGAGGCCCAGCAAUUAAUUUAACAGUAUCUGGUCAUCUUCCAGUUUUCUAAUUCUCAAUCUAGUGUCGCUGUAUUAGGCUAGAACUUGAGUAAAUUGUGAAUAUGAUAAAGGCUUGUAAAUUUUCUCUCUUUCUACCUAGGAGCUUUGACCCCUUAGAGGUUGAAAGUAGGCUUCAAAAGUGAUGCUGGUUAGGACGUGGGCCAAGUUUGCUCGUUGUGCUUCCCUAACAGAUGGACAUUAGCUGUUGUGAAGUAGUUAGCCUGAUACACAUACAGUAAGCAAACUGAACUGCAGGUAGGAAGGCAGCGCUAAAGCACUUAAAACAUAGAACUGAGAUUCAGAACUUAGAUCUACUUACAAAAUAAUUUAUAUUCAUAAUGUGAACAUGUGAUAAAAUUGAAGUAUGGCCUGGUUAUCAGGAAAAGAGAAGGAAACACUAAUUUAUAGCAAUAUGCUAUCUAAUGUCUGUUUUGAAUAGUCUGAUGGUAAAGUUGCCAAAGUAGUUUUGAAUUCAUGUAAGUUGUUUAUACCACAAAUGUGGGAUAUGUUUACAGGCUCUUUGUAGUACUUAUUUUGUAGUUCUGAUGAAUUUGUAUUUAAGUCAUUUAUAAUAAAUAUAUGAUGAUAAAUAUUUGAUGGAAUAAACAUCUCAGUAAUACUGCAAAUCAUACCUAAAUGAUCCCACAGUCUGCUUUCAUGCAAGGUGCUGCAUCCACAAAGCAAGUACUCUGUGUCGACAUUGCUCACGUCUCACAUGUGCACCAGCCAUCCACCUGCCAUUCCUAGAACAGUCAUUGUGGUGCUCCCUCCAAGUCAGACAGCUGCGUUAGUAUACUUCAGUGAUUGAGUUUAUCCGAUGUGAAAUGACCGAUCUGUUGACAGACACUCAUUUGUGUCUCAGUGUGAUCACAAAUUGUAGCGACUUUUAUGAAAUUCUUAGAGAAUUAUUAUAGACAUAAAAAGAAAUUUACAGAAUCUUAAAACUUUUUUGAGGGCUAAUUGCUAAGAGAUAAUUUCAUCAAUUUUAAGAAUAUAGGAAAUCAAUCCCAAAAUUCUAUGUUUCAGGUUCUGCUUUUUAACCACAAUUCUUAUUUUUCGUGGAUUUUGCUUUCUCUCAGUAGCAGUUAUUAUAAUAAGCUUCUCUAUGUUGACAGAAACAACAACCCAUGUAUUCCAGCCCAUAUUUUCAUGCCCUAGGUGAAUUUGUUUGGAGUAGAUACCAUAAGGUUACUUUCUGUUCCAUAUAUAAAUGUGUUGCUGCUUAUUUUACAUUUUUUUUGCUACGGUGUACUGUUGGUUUCUAAAGACAUUGUUUAUUUUUUAGUCCUCCAAAGCUAAAUGGGCAGCCAUUAGUCACAGCUGCUUGACGGCAGUCCCUCUGUGUUAGCUAGGUAUGGUUCAGUACAUAAACAAGGAAGCCAGUAGUGCUUUUAAUUUGCAGACGGUUGUUAGCAACACUGCAAGUUAAAAACUACACUGUAAGGAAGAGUUCAAACGUUUAGCUUUCUGGAGCCUUGUAAAAUUUCCAGUCUAAGAAUGAAAAAGAAAACCUUGUUAAGGUCAUAAAAGUUUCAAUUAAACAUUGUAGAGUUUUCCUAUUAUUAUGUAAAUGAUAUACAGAAAAUAUUUUUCUAUGAACAGAAGGUUAAAACUGUUAACUUUAAUUUCAUUGUUUAAAAGGGAUAAAACGAUAUUUGUAUGUCUUUCAUGCUGUAAAGAAAAUGAAUGUAUCUUUCAAAUGUUAGCGUUAUUACUUGAUUCUAAGUAUAUGUGUUUAAAAAGAGAGAGAAAUCUGCAAAAGAGUGAAAAGUGUUACAAGUCAUUGUGUAAAAUGCAAUGUUGGAAGAAAUGGAGUUUCGUUAUAAAUGAUCACUGUCAAAGCUUAUUUCAUGUAUAGUGUACAUUCAUUUCACAUUGCUUUGUUUUGACUUUGAGAGUUUUCCUUAAAAAUUGUAUGUACUAUUUUGAGUGUAAAAUAUUUUAAUUGUAUACUUGUGGGGUGUGGAAGAAUGUUUGUGUGUUAGGCUAAGUGUGCUGCUGCAUGUGUCUACCAUGGAGGAAAGUUCCCAAGCUUUGUCAUUGUCGCAGCCACCAGUGGGGGCAUCAUUGUAAGAAUGUGAAGCCAGAAACCCAUACCUAAGAGCCACUGCAGUAAUUAUGUGCAGAGGCCUCUGACCCCGCUAAUGAGUGUCCCUUUUUAUCUUCAGUGAUGUGGGUAGUAAGACCACUGGGCCCAACACUCGUGACUUAGAACAGUGGUAGCUUGUGUGCUUACGAGUUUAUUCAGCUAAGUGAGAACUCUUCACUUUAAACCAGUGCUUGUAGGCAUGAUUAAUUAAUCUAGUAAUUGCCAAUUAUUAAACUUUAUGAAAUUGGGAAGUCAUUGUUUUAAUGCUUUCUAAACCUACAUACUAAUUUUCACUCAUCGUGAUGUACCCUGAACAACCAAAAGGUAAUCCAAGGUUAGUGUCAGAUUUCCUCAACUCCAGUGGUUACAAAGUUUGGCACUAUUAACUCUGGUAACUUAGAAGUCACACUGUUAAGUAAAGUCGCUGCCAGCGAUCAUCAAGGAAGUAGCUUUCUUCAACCUUCGGCCCAGAUAGUUGCUGCUUUGUGGUUUCCCUAGAUCUGUAUGUCAUUACAUCCACUGUUGUCAUAAUUGGGCCUGUUUCACCUUUGUUUUAAUAGUUGUUUUCUGCUCGGAAGUUAUAGUAUUCCAGUUAUUUGCCAUCCUGGGCAAGGAUGUUUCAACCCAUUCUGUGAUCUCUGGAUUCAUCUUUCCCACUCUUUCAGUGAAUUCGCAAGACACCUCAUUCCUGAAUCCUUAGAGUAGGUCAAACUUCAGUGCUACAAUUGAUUUCAAAUAGCACUUUAUUUCAUGCUUACUACUGACUUAAUUUAUACAUUAAAAUAUCUAUCCUAGGAGUUUUGUAAAUACAGAAAAAAUUGAUUAGUAUUAGCGUUUAUUAGAUUGGCCCCAAGUUUAAAUGCUUUAUAAUGAUCUCCUGAUAGCUUCUUUGAUAUUUAAGAGGUAACCUAUGUGAUUUUAGCUCUGCGAUUUUUCUGUAAUUUGUGUAAUACAAUAGAGGCUGCCCAGCUGACUGUGUUGCUGGACUCAGUUCUCUCAGCUAGCUUCAGCCGAGCUUGGUUUAAUAAAAUUGUUUCUGCUCUGCAUUUUGUGGACAUCACAUGAAUUCUUGGAAAUCCGUUUGUUUUCAGUGUAGUACCUAGAUAUUAAGUGGAUACUGCACCACAAGUACAUAGUUUAUAUAGAAGACAAAGGGCAGAAUUUGUGAUGCUACAACAGUUUAUAUUAAGCUGUUUUCAUAUUCUGCCAGUACAGUAAGUAUAUCUGCUGUAAAAAAUAAAAGUUGUCUACUCCAGUGUUCUCCAGCAUCAGAACAUACCCCUUAUGAACUAUGUUGUAGUCUUUUCAAAUAAGGAAAGCUAGUCCUUGUUUUCUACAGUGUAGGUUUAACUUUAGGACUGAUAGUGUAUACUUAUCAGUACUAUUUUCAAACAGUAGUUUUAAAAUUAUUUCUGUGUAGAGGGUAUUUUAAUUUGGGAACUUUCUUUUCUUGUAAUAGGUGCUAUAUGUAAAUAUGGAGUGAGAAGUUUGCUUGGUUAAAAGUCUACUUUAUUUCCUUACUAAAAUAUUUUUCAUUUCUGUUUCCAUUUCAUGUUUUGUACUGAACUAAUAGCAGAAUGGAAUUAGUCCCUUAAUGUUGUCGACUACCUUUUCUCCCAGUUGUACAAAACGAUCUCCGUAUGGCUUGGUCUCGUGAUGAAGAGCAGAGAAGCUAAGAAUGAGAACUGCAAGUGCACAAACUGGAGUUUGGCCAACACUGGGUUAUCUGAGAUGGUCACUGCAGCUCACUGUGUGCUUGUCCUCAUUCAAGGAAAGUUAGAAUUCCUGACAUCCGUGGUUUUCAACAAUCUACACAUACCAACAGUGAGCAGGAUAAAAAUGCUGAUUUGCAUCGAAAGUGUUUUAGUCCUAACAUCAAUUUAUGUUAUGUGAAAUGCUAUUACACAUACUUUGUUGGGCAUAUUUCAUUUUGAUUAAGUAGUUGUUCAGAUACAAGUUUGAAAAGGGAAAAAAAACCUCUAGUUGUUAAUGUUCAAUUGAAAAAUAAAGAUGUGCUUUAGUAAUCUAA